AGGGAGUGUUCCGAGAGGGAGAGAGAGAGGCGGGUCCUGCUCUUUGUGCUCAAAGUCAUCGCCAUCGCCUGGAUUACUUCGCGAAAGCGCCGUGCUCUCUCGCUCUCCCGGGAGAGGAGAAGGGAGAGGGAGGGGAUAGGAGAGAGGGAAAAGGAGAGGAUAGCGUCCCUCGGAGCCACCAUGAGCCAGCUCGCGAGCAAGUUGCGCACACUGGCGCAGAGACGAGAGCUCUCCCGAGCCCCGAGUCCCAUCGGCACGUCGGAGACCCCGGCCAGACCCCCGCUCGCCGCCCCCUCCGCUCCGAGCCCGGGGGGGGACCCCGACCAGCAGGGCGAGGUGGGCGGUGGCGUGAAGCGUUUCGAGGUCCUCUACGUGGGACGCCUCGCAGUGGGGGGCAAAUUGGGCCCCCCCUCGCUUGUCGACGACAGCAUCACGGCGCUGCACUGGCGCUACGGCGCUGAAGGGGACAGCUCCCCGGAGGACCCCUGCGAGCCCGGUCGAGACCCCUUCGAAGCCGACCCCCCCGACCCCGCGGGGAGCCCGGGCGGGCCCCGUGGAGGGCAGAGUUCGGGGUCCAGGAGGAGUAAGCUGGACACGCAGAGGGACCGCACGAUGCUAUUCCAGGUGGGCGAGGCGUACGUCACUCUGGUGAGUCCCGACUGCAAGGGCGUGGUGCUGGAGAGGUCUUUCCAAGACAUCUCCUACUGCUCGCGGGGCCUCUCCAGGACCGACCACUUCGGCUUCAUCUGCAGGGAGGUGGUCGGGACGGGGCCCACCAGCACGCACAUCUGCUACGUGUUCCAGUGUACGGACACGUCACUGGUGGAUGAGAUCAUGAUGACGCUGAGGCAGGCCUUCCAAUCUGCGGCCGCCAACAACGUCGCCCGUCGCAGGCCUGGGCCGGAGACGCGGGCAACCACAACCACAACCACCCGGCCAGCACACGCUGGUGUCCAUGCGAGGAGGGACGACGCUGGUGGAGGGCGAGGCGUGGAGGGCGACGCGCGCACAUGGACGUCCACGCGUCUACGUGCACAGGAGCCCACGCGGAGCCACAGAAGCUCGGGCCAGCAGCAGCAGCAGCAAGAGCAGCAGCAGCAGCAGCAUCAUCAGAGCUCAGGCGGUUUAGGCAAACUGGAAUUCCUGAAGAGCAAGGCCUCCAAAGGUCUCGCCACCUCCCUGGAGAACAUCUUCUCGGCGCUGGGAGGCGCCAAGCCCAGGAGUGGCUCUGGGAGCGACAGCCUCAGGUCCCGGAGUAACACCUUCACCUCCGACUCCUCCAGGGAGUCGACAUCUCCACCACCCUCCCCCCCUCCACUGCGGCCCCCCCCCACGGGGACCCAGGCCGGCGGAGGGCUGCGUGCCCCCCACGCCGCCUCCUCCAACGACCAGGACAGCAGCGACCCCGACACCCCGGAACUGGUGACCCCCAAAUACCGGCGGGGGGGUCCGGAGGCGACUGCGGUCGGGGAGGGGCUAUCCCGGGGCCGGGACCCCCGCCCCGGGGUCCCACAGGGGUCUGGAGAGGGGGCCGCCGCCUGGAGGAGACCCCCACGUGCGCCGCGGCAUCCCACGGUCACCCCAGAAGCCAUGGCGGCGCGCAGACGAAGCAGUGAGGUUGUUGCGGAGCCGCGGAGUGGGGGGGCGCGCCCCCCGCUGGUGCGCCGCCUCUCGUGGAGGCAGCAAAUCUUCCUGCGCGCCUCCGAGCUCGACGCGAGCUCCUUCACGCGCCCAGAUUCGCUGGACGGCUGCCCGUCGGACGUGCCGGUGCUGCCCCCCACGGCGGAGGAGGGGGAGGAGGGAGCGGUGCAGCGCCGCUGGCACCGCCACGCGGUGAGGACGCGGUGGCGCAAGGCGAUCCAGGAGCAGAUCCUGCUGCUCAGGAUGGACCGCGAGAACCGGAGACUCCAGGCCCACCACGACGACCUGCAGACGAAGCGCGUGAAGCUGGACUACGAGGAGGUGACGCCCUGCCUCAGGGAGGUGACGGCGCUCUGGGAGUGCUGGCUCGCCGCUCCCGACCGCGCCCACGUGCUCCGCAGCCACGAGCAGCUCAGCGCCGCCGUGUGCCGCGGCGUGCCGCGUGCCCGGCGUGGUGAGAUCUGGCAGUUCCUCGCUGAGCAGCACCGGCUCCGGCACCCGCAGCGGGGUCAGCACGAGGUGGGGCAGCAGCAGCUGGCGGACAUCCCCUACCACACGCUGCUCAAACAGCUGACGGCACAGCAGCACGCCAUCCUCAUCGACCUGGGCCGCACGUUCCCCGCCCACCCGUACUUCUCGGCGCAGCUGGGCUCGGGCCAGCUGGCGCUCUACAACCUGCUGAAGGCCUACUCGCUGCUGGACCCCGAGGUGGGCUACUGCCAGGGCCUGAGCUUCGUGGCCGGCGUGCUGCUGCUGCACCUCGACGAGCGCGACGCCUUCGCCCUCCUCAAGUUCCUCAUGGGCCACAUGGGCCUGCGCCGCCAGUACCAGCCCGACAUGACCACGCUGCAGAUCCAGAUGUACCAGCUGUCGCGGCUGCUGCACGAUCACCACCGCGAGCUGCACGCCCACAUGGAGGAGGCGGAGAUUGGGCCCAGCCUCUACGCACCGCCCUGGUUCCUCACUCUCUUCGCAUCACAGUUCCCUCUCGGAUUCGUCGCCCGUGUGUUCGGAUGCUGCUGCUUUGGUUGUCAUCAGCAGUCCCAGCGAACGGCUCCGCAUGAUCUCCCCCGGCCCCCAGACCUGGUGUUCCUGCAGGGCCCCGAGGUGGUGUUCAAGGUGGCGCUGGCGCUGCUGGGCUCGCACGACGCGCUGCUCAUGCAGACGUGCGACAGCUUCGAGAGCAUCGUGGAGUUCCUCAAGAGCACGCUGCCCAACCUCGGCCUCGUGCAGAUGGAGAAGACCAUCAACCAGGUGCUGAGUCUGGACCUGACGCAGCAGCUGCAGGCGUUCGAGGUGGAGUACCGCGUGCUGCGCGACGAGAUGCACGCCGGCUCCACGCCGCCCCCCCAGCCCUCCAGGACCCCCCGAGGGGGGAGUGCCGGCGAUCAAAACCACGACCACGAUCACGACGACGAGGACGACGACGAUCACGACGACGAGGCGAGGAGCAGGACGAGCGAAGCGACGCGCUGGGCGGCGCUGGAGAGGGAGAACGCGGCGCUCCGCGAGGAGAACGCCGGACUCCGCGCGGAGCUGCAGGCGUGCGUGGACCGCGUGCGGAGCCUGGAGGCGAGCGUCGAGAGCCUGGCGAGCGCCGAGUGCAAGCUGCGGCAGAGUGCGCGUGCCGCGGACAUCGAGCGCUCCGCCCUCCUCGCCACCGUGGAGGCCCUGCGACUGCAAGGCGCUGCGGCCGACCCCCCACUAUGAAAGGGGGCCCCCCACACCCCCCCCCCCGGACCCCCCCUUGCUGCUCUGAGCAUACCCCCCCCCCCUCACCGACUAUGAGAACAAUCUCGUGGUUCCACGUCUCUGGCACCGCCAGCACGACACUGCCUCUGCGGGAUGCGGGGAGGACGAUGAUUGCGAGUCACGUGGGGUGGAGAGCUGGGGGGAGCUGAGCCCCCCCCCCCCCCCCCCCACUCCACUACGCUCACCCUGGACACCCUGCGAUAGAAGACUUUAGCUCACACGUUUGGAGGGGGCGCAUGAGCGACGUUUUUAUUCUGGUGGUCGGGGGGAGGGGGGUGUUUGUAUUGGGGGGCCGUGCCCCACCUCCUGUACAGCAGUGUUGUCCAUCUUUUGUGUCCCACCGAGCUGGGGAGGAGCUCGGAGUUGCGUUGGAGAGAUCACCACCGGCACUCUGGACGGCGCCGGUGGUGAUGCCACCAACACCCAUCGUCAUGGCUCCCUUCCCUCUGGCAGACCCAGCAGUUGUUUGCACAGUCAACACCUCUGUGGCGGAUCCAAGGGGGGGAGUGGUAGGCGAGGGGCGAUGGGGUCAAUUGAAAAAUCGAGACCUCGAAAAUUUUAAUUUCAUUGAUAUUUACCACGGAAAAGAUAUCGACUUGUAUUUUUAAUGUAAGGGCUUAUUUAAAAAGCUUGAAAUAUCGGGAUGCGCCCCCUCCCCUCUCCCUUGGGAAGUUUCUGAUCUGCCUCUGUGCCACCUCGUGACCGCGUGCCCCAAGUCCCAUCACACCCAUGACGUUCCCUCCACUGACGGUGUGGGCGAGUGCCGCCCCUCCCCCUCACCACGUGGCAAUCGGUGCCCCCCCCCCCCCCCCCGUGCCCGAGAAUCAACUUCAGGGGCAGUGCCGGCGAAAGUGGCCGUGAGUGGACGAAUGUUGGAGUGGAAAGCCAAAUCCAGCCCCCCCCCCCCUUGCCCUUGUAAAGUCCCAAAUAGUCCAUGACCCCAGGCCACAUUUCGUUCAACGGUACCACCCAAGGUUGGCGCAACUUGAUCGAUUCCAAUCAAAAGUUUCGGCCAAUUCAGAGCGAAUUACUUGAUAAAUAUGUGCGGCUCUGGAGUGUUGCUACCUUCGCGUCUACAGAGUUCUGCUCGGGCCUUCGGGCUUGAGAAGGUCCAGAGGGCCCCAAAAACAUCAAGGUGGGGGGGGAGAGCGAGGAGCGGAUUCCGUGCGGCCAAAGUAUCGGUGCAGUGUUACGAGUUGGCGUCAUUGUGACGGAGAUGAUGAUGAUGAUGAUGGUUCUGCCCCCUAGCUGCCCCACUGGGCAUCAGCCCGGACAGCCGGUGGGGAGUGGGGGGGGGGUACAGAUCCGGGCCACGGAGUCUCCGUCCGCCCGUCUCUUUCGAGACGCCGCGGGUUUCCCGUGUAAAUGUUAAACUCGUGUUAUUUUAUGUUAUAUGCUAAUGUUGAAAACGACCGUGAGCUUGCCAAACUCGCCUACUUUUUUUAACGCGAAAGAAAAAUCCGUAGAAUAUAAAGCCAGUUUACCGCAACACUAUUGACCCAAUUCUUAAACGGCAACAAUGUUUUUUUUAUACGGUCAAUUCACCAUGCGUGAGUGGGGGGCAUUAUGGGUAAAAUCGAAUGACAGAAGCAGGGUUAUCGUCUCGCUCUCUUCACGUGUAAAUACGUGUUUCGGUCCCAUUGAUGAAACAACAUUUCCACUUUUAACAAUUGCUUUCCAGACCAAUGGUAUCCGGUAGAACAUUGUUGCAGCUGGCAAACUGUGGAUGGGGUUUAUACCAGUGCGCCUCAUCAGUCGAUUCAGGUCUGAUCUUGAAGUAGAAACGCCACUUGCUGCUGUUACUCCAGAUGCAGUUGCGUGUACACGGGGCGAUCCUGAACGGUGCACAUGCAGCACGGUACUGAAUAGAGCCUCGACAAAAAACACAGCAGACGUGUAUCACCCUCCUGGAGUUCAGGUGUAAGUUGAAAGCACUUUGUGAAAAUCCCACGUGUGUGAUUGUACAUCUUGGCCCACUGUGUUUGGGGCGGCCGCGAUCGUGACAUGGAGGAGGGCGAUCAGAGGAGAGACGCUGGUUGGUCGCGCAAGGGUUACGUUCGGUCGACACGGAGCCCACCACGUGGAUGAGGGGGGUGGGGGGAAAUGGAUGUGCAGUGUUUUUGAGAGGUCACGAUUUGCCCUCCGCCUUUGGCGAUUCGAUGACUUGUCGCGAUCAAUAAUCGUACCUCGAAGCGAGAAUCGAUUUUUUUGUUAUUUUUUAAAGUUUGGCGGUGAGUGGCUGCAAUGGGUCAUGUGAACGCACAAUUACUCAUCGAUGAAUGCCAGUCGUUUUAACUCGAGCUCAUUUUAACAAAAAGCACCCCACGAACCCAGCCACUCGCCGGGCGCCCUCUCUCCAUCUCCUUUUCGAGGACAAUAAGAUGAGAGCGCCGUUUUUCCGUGUUUGUGUCUCCGCAUGAAAAAAAACCUAUUUAAGUUUAGUUUAUGGCAUCGGCCACGCGAGCAGGUCAUGGUAACGGCAGCAUUGGUUCGAUGCAGGCAAAUUUUGUACCGGUUCCGACCAUACAUCGUCUCGUCAGCAGUGCGACUACAGAGUCAAUGCUACUGAACUACCGGCACAACACGCCGUUUCUGUCUGUACCGCGAUGGGGUUGAGGCUAAACCGUCGCCAUCCAUCAAGUAAUUUUAUUUCACCCUGAACCCUGUUUUUUAAAUGGAAGCCUCGCGAUAAUGAUGUUGACGUGGAGAGGAAAAAAAAGUGAUAUUUUUACAUUAAAAAUAUAAAAUAUAUAUUUUUACAUUAAAAAUAUAGAAUAUAUAUUUUUAAUGGAAACCAAAGCGAUGAUGGGUCGCGGUAGCUUCUCUCCCCCCCUGCCCCCACCCCCGGACCCCGAACACCUCUUCUCUGAAGGCGCACACAACGAGCUCAUGACUUUCGUCGUCUCAUCGCUGUGAAUCAGAGCCGUCCCUCGGGUACGGCGACUCGGAGUGACCGCCCCGGGCCCCGUGUUUCGGGGUGGGGGCCGGUUUGGGGUGUUUCGACGUCACGGCGUCCGACGUAAUAUUUCCGGUUUAGUUUGAAGGCGUCGGAGGGCCCACGCGGUGGGGUUACCCCGGGCACCGCACCCCACCUAUGGACGGCCCUGCUGUGAAUAACAACAACAAUAAUUAUACUGUGCUUCCAAUAAAACGUGCUUCCAAACGUG